AAAUUUUAUUCUCAAGAUACUACUUCCGCUUACAAAAUAUUGAACCUAACUAUUCAAUGUCAAUAACUUUCAUAAUAUCUCGACCUAUUUAGUCAACGGUACGAAAGUGAAAAGAAACCGCUUGAAGAUAUUUGACCGGAAUAUUGCGCAAGCUUUUAAUCGUGUUGGGUUAAAAUGUCAAACAACCGUGUAGCAGGUGGAUGUGUUGAAAUGUUGCCGAUAUCGUUAUGGGUUACCACCGCAUAUUAGAAUUUAUCUACAACUUACUUUUAUUAAUAUUAAUACCGUUAAUCAGAAUGGGUAGUAACGAUGGAAAAAACCGCAUCAAACCGAUCAAGAAUUACACCUUUAAAUUGUUUAAAUACGAGAAGGUACAGGUAAACAAAAAAAUCUCGAGACGGAUACCUUUACCAAGAAGUGGACAUAGAAUCGUUUGUGAUACAAAGAAUUUAUACUCGUUUGGAGGUUACAAUCCUGCUGUUGUAAGAGAUAAUAUGGAAAUAGAAGAUAGAGACGAUGAUGAGUUAUCAAUACAUUCGUUCCCUUUAUUUCAAGAACUUUGGAAAUUUAACUUUGCUACUAGAAGGUGGACCAGAUUUAAUUGUAGGGAGAGUUUACCGCCGGAAUUGGCUUCAAAUGCUGUUAUUAGAAGAGGAAAUUAUUUAAUGGUUUAUGGUGGUACAGGUUCACCAUUUGGUUAUCGUUGUAGUAAUCAACUGUAUAUUUGUAAAUUAACAGAUAUUAAUAGCCGAAUGACAGAGAUAAAUACAAAAGGUCCUCCACCAGUGCCACAAUAUGGACAAGCUUUAGUGUAUUACAAUGAUAGUCUUUACACAAUAGGAGGAACAACAGGAUUUUCAUACACUUGUGAUAUUCAUAAAUUGAAUAUGAAAACCCAAUCUUGGGAAAGUGUGUAUAUUUGUCAAGGAAAAGGCGAUUAUGAACCGGAAGGACGCUAUCGUCAUGAAGUAGGUUUUGAUGGACAAUGCAUUUAUAUUUUAGGUGGAGGUACAGUAGAAGAUGUUUUUGAUUUUGCUGAAAUACCAGUUUUUGAUUUGGAAAAAUUACAAUGGUCUGUGCAAAAAGCACUUCCUGAUUCAUUGGUUAUAAAUUCAAUCCAUGAUGGAUAUCCACCUCCAAGACGUUGUCAUGGUGCUGUUCAACUUGAAUUUGAGGAUGAAGAUUUUAAAGUAUUUAUAACUGGAGGAUAUAGUGGCGAUCAAAUAUAUGAUGACCUUUGGUGCCUAAACUUACGUACUUUCCAGUGGACUCUAGUCACAUCUUGUCGAUUACAAUAUCCCACGUAUUUUCAUUCGAGUGCUGUUACACCUGAAGGAAAAAUGUAUGUUUUUGGUGGGAUAAUUUCACGAGAAGAUAUAGAGAGGAGCAAUACGAUACACAGUACAUGGUUAUGUAUACCAAAAUUAAGUGAAAUUUGUUGGGAAGCUUUAUUACAUUAUAACCCAAAAAUGAUUAGUUAUUCAAAAAGUGAAUUGAUUAAUGCUGGUUUACCACGGCAUUUUGCACAGAGGAUCGAGUAAUUAUUUGUGUAUAAAUGGAUUAUUUAUGUUCAUUUCUUUAAUUGAUUCUUUUUUUUGUUUAUGCAAUUUUUUCCUUUAUAAGCAGCUUAAAAGAUGUUUCUAAAU